GCCAAUCACAGGGCACCUAUAGACAAACAACCAUUCCCACCCACAUUCAUACCUAUGGACAAUUUGGAAAACCUAGCAUGUUUUUGGAAUGUGGGAGGAAAACGGAGUACCUGGAGAAAACCCACGCAUGCAAACUCCACACAGAGAUGGCCGAGGGUGGAAUUGAACCCUGGUCUCCUAGCUGUGAGGCCUGCGUGCUAACCACUCGACCGCCGUGCAGCCCGUCGCUGUAGAGAGAGAGAGAGAGAGAGAGAGAGAGAGAGAGAGAGGAGCGAGCGAAGGAGGAAGCGUCUCCUCACUCGGUUUGUCAACUCUCCUCCUGCUGUCAUGGAGCCGCCGUCCCAGAUGUUCCCCUGAGGGAGCGAGGAGCGGCAAACCUUGGCUGAGGUGAGGGAACGUCGGAACGUCAGAGCGUGGGAGAGCGUGGGACGUCAAAGCCAAGUGGAAGUCCGGGGAAGCGGGGAAGAGAGACGAGGCAGCCGGACAUGGAAGUCGGCGGUCUUCUCUUCGUCUGUCUCCUGCAGGCUCAGCUGGGAACGUUCUGGACCGGAGCUCAUGAAGACGUGAAGACGAGGACGCCUUGGGGGACGCCUUGGGAGACACCCAGCCUGUCAAGAGGCGCUCGCAGCGCACCGUCCCAGGGAGGCCGACUUGACUUCAGUUUCCUGCCUGACAACAUGACCCAUAUAGUGGAGGACACGCAGCGUUACUACAGCUGGCAGAGUUUCGGUCCCGAAGACGGACGCACCAAAGACCUAUGGGUGGAUCUGGACUCGCUACACACGAGCCAAGUCCGAAUCCACGGCAUCCUGUCCAACGCGCACCGGCAAGCUGCGAGGGUGGCGCUGUCUUUCGAUUUCCCGUUUUACGGACACUACUUGAGACAAAUCAUCGUCGCGACUGGCGGCUUCAUCUUCAUGGGGGAGAUCACUCACCGCAUGCUGACCGCCACCCAGUACAUCGCCCCCCUCAUGGCCAACUUCGACCCCAGUUUCUCCCAAAACUCCACCGUCAGGUACUCGGAUAACGGUAAUCUGUUCGUGGUGCAGUGGGACAACGUGCGGCUGAAGGAGCGAGAAGCUGAAGGGGCGUUUACCUUCCAGGCCGCCCUGCACAGAAACGGAACCGUGGUGUUUAACUACAGGGAGAUCCCGGUGUCAGUGGACAGGAUCAACUCCACCCAGCAUCCGGUCAAGGUGGGGCUGUCUGACGCUUUCAUGGCGUACCUCCCGUCCGCACAGGUAGCAGACGCAAAGCGGCGAACCAUCUACGAGUAUCACCGCGUGGAAAUCAACACCACCAAGAUCAUCAGCGGAUCCGCCUUCGAGUUCACGCCGCUGCCCACUUGUCUUCAGCACACUUCCUGCGACCGAUGCCUGGCGUCCAACGUGACCAGCGGAUGCGGGUGGUGCAACACGCUUCAAAGGUGCUCCGACGGCGUCGAUCGGCUGAGACAGGAGUGGCUGGAUUACAACUGUCCUGAGGAGGCUAAAGGCUCAUGUGAGGACUACAACUCGCCUGAAGAGUCUACGCUCUCCUACAACCACUCCUCGCUUCCCCCCGCGACUUCUUCUGCCACUGAGCUCCACGGCGAGUCUGUUACCAGGGAUUUAAACACAGACCCCCCGAAGCACUCUGGGAUAACGGAGAACGCGGCCAUCAUCGCGGGCGUGGUGGCCGCCCUGCUCCUGCUGAUAGCGCUCACCUUGCUGGCCGUUUACUACAUCAACACACACCCCACGCUAGCGCCACCUUUCUACCUCAUGCAGCGACGCAGCAACAGCUACUGGCCCGCCAUGAAGUUCCGCAACCAGGGGUGCCAGUCCGGCUACGGCGAGGUCGAGCUCGGGGGUCACGAAAAGGAAGGUUUCCUCGAAGCUGAGCAAUGUUGUUGAGCUUCCCGAAGCAUGAAAGGGCGCCAUCUUGAGGACGGUUAACAUAAGGAUGGGACGCACUAAGGACCUUUUCGGAUGCUUUUUUUCCAGCUUCCUGUGCAUCUCUUGCUCCUUGACACCAGUUGGAGAAACUACACACCCCCAAGGGGUCAUGGAGAAAAAAUAAUUAAUGUUUUUUUUUUGUGAGAUCUCGCAAAACUGUGUGAAGCAUGACACACUUUCGGCCAUGGCUUAACUCCACAUAGCGAAAAUGGUGUGGAAAUGCAGCAUUUCAUUUCCAUAUUCAGUAUUUGCACAUCCAUUACUGCACAAAUGUACAAAUAUAAAGUCAUACUGUAAAUAUUAGGGGUGGGAAUAUCAGCGCUGAGGAUGAUUCGAUACACAUUUCGAUGCACUGCCAGCGAUACCACACUUUAACGAUACAUGGAAUUUUCUGGCGAUACGAUGUGAUAAUCAUUUCAUUGAAAUCAAUGCAAUCCAAUACGAUAUGGUGCAAUUUCUUGCAAUAUGUUGUAAUUCAACAUGUCUUUUUUACUAUGCACCACUUCAUCAUUCUUUUUGCCAUCUUAAAACGACAACAACUUUUCAAAAACAACAUUCCUCCCACUUUCCCAUCGGCUAUGCAAUUCCAAUAUCAGUGGUUCAGCGGUGGAGUCAAACAAUUACAAUAAUUACUGCUGUAAAAAAAUACAGUACAGCAACAACAACAACGUUAAAGUGACACUUUCAACAGUGGAAUCAAUGUUUGUUUAUAUUCCUGUUUGCUAAACAUACUGCUAAUAUGAAUGAGCUAGCGGCUAAGCUAAUACGGUAGUGAGGAGCAGAAAGGAAAACAACGUAUACCCUUUUUAAAUUUGUUUCAAAUUUAGGAAGAAGCCAACUGCUCUGCUGUUUUAAUGUCACCUGCUGUGAUGAACACUCAUUCGGGGGGGGGGGACACUUGUUGGGGAGGACAAAUAGCUCCUGGACAAUUAGCAAAGCAGGAAGACUCACCUGAUUUGCUUGGUUCUUCACCGGUGUCCGACCAGGAAGUAGACGGGGGUCGGCGGUUUCCGCCGUACUUUGAGAAUCCGUAGUGUUUCCAAACAUACCAUUUAAACGUUGCGGGGGGGGGGGGGUUUAAAUAUAGAAACUUCCUCGCUGUUUCUUGCUACGAACGUCCAUGCUUCUUUUACUAGUAGUUGUAUGUACCUCACGGCUUCCGUCCGUAUUCAAUACAAAACGCCAAAUAAUGAUGGUGCAUUCAUGGAACCUGGGGAACAUUAUAUAGGGUGAAGUUGAACAUUAAUAAAACGGCGCUUGCAUCGGAUUUUAAUCUAAGUAGUUUUGCGAGAUCUCAGGUCUUUUUUGCCUGUUAUUUUUUCCUCCAUGUCCCCUCAGGGGCUCCGUAACUACAGCAAAGAGAACAUGUUGGAAACUGUGGAUGACAGAGAGUGAGUGGGCACUGCCUCCAUUUUGUGUAAUAACACAGCCUAAUCCGUUUUUUUGUUUGGAGAGAAACUUCAAUGUGGAUUAUAGUAAUUACGUUUUAAUACAGUGUUAGCAACUAAUGAUCCGUGUGAAUGUAUCUGGUUGUUUGGAUGAAACACAUUUCUGGGUUUAAUUUCUUGUUUAAAUGUCUUUUAAUAAUA